UCCUCUAUCUUCUGCUAUCUCCGCUGCUGCUGCUGCUGCUGCUUCUCCUCGCUCCUAUGGCGAUGGCUUCCUCUUCUCUCUCGACAUGGAGCAUGGCCUCGCUUCGCUCUGCCCUCCCUCCCUCUCCCUCUCCGCGCCUCUCCACGUUUCGCUUUCCGACCCCUUCGCCCUUCCAUUGCUCAGCUCGGCUGAGUUCCGGUCGCGGACAGGCAAAGUCGCUGCGGUCCUUCUCCGGCCUCGCUCCCAUGACUCCUCUCCUCUCUGUUGGCAUUGGGGUUGCCAACUUUGACCAUGUGUUCAGCAACAUAAGCAAUGGAAGCAAAUUCUAUGCCAUGAGACAUGGUAAACGUGUCCCAAAACUCAAUAGGCCCCCGGAUCAGCGUCGAGCUCUCCUACGUGGUCUUACGACGCAGCUGCUGAAGCAUGGCAGGAUCAAAACUACCAGAGCCAGGGCAAGUGCGAUGAGGAAGUAUGUAGAUAAGAUGGUAACAUUGGCAAAGGAUGGUUCUCUCCAUAAAAGGAGACAGGCACUGGGCUUUAUUUAUGAGAAACAAAUUGUUCAUGCAUUGUUUGCUGAGGUACAAGAUAGAUAUGGAGAUAGGAAUGGUGGGUAUACAAGAAUCAUCAGAACUCUACCAAGGCGAGGAGAUAAUGCACCAAUGGCUUAUAUUGAGCUUGUCUAGAACUUUGUGGCACACCGUUUUCUGACCAAGAGCUUUGGACGGAAGGUUUUCAAACUUUGUAAUGCAUAAUAUGAAGGAAUCGUUAUGCUUCAUUUCCUUGUUACUGCAUUUGUAUUACUUUAUUCACUGUUUGUUGUUCAAAACUAUUUGUGAUCAAAAGUUUCAUGGAUUCUCGUCUCA